CUUUUCUGAAGGCCGAGAAGAAGAAGCGUCAUGAUGGAGUCCGCUGGUGGCUAAAGUGACAAACCUUCUUAAAGUUUAGUUGAAUAAAGUUUGAGACGUUCAUGUUUCUUCAGAGGAAAUCUUUACGAAGGAUUCUAGCCCGUUAAUGACAGCUAGAUAGCUAACUGCAGCGGAGACUGUCGGUAUAGCGGGUCACCAUGGCGACAGAUAUCGGCUCGCCGCAGCGGUUCUUCCACAUGCCGCGCUUCCAGCACCAAGCACCGCGGCAGGUGUUCUACAAGAGGCCGGACUUCGCCCAGCAGCAGGCCAUGCAGCAGCUCACUUUCGACGGGAAACGCAUGAGGAAGGCUGUGAACCGCAAAACCAUCGACUACAACCCAUCUGUCAUCAGAUACCUGGAGAAUCGUCUGUGGCAGCGAGACCAUCGAGACUUCAGAGCUGUGCAGCCCGACGCAGGAUGUUACAACGAUCUGGUUCCUCCUGUGGGCAUGUUGAACAACCCGAUGAACGCCGUCACCACAAAGUUUGUCCGAACCUCCACCAACAAAGUCAAGUGUCCCGUGUUUGUGAUCAGGUGGACUCCUGAAGGUCGUCGCCUGGUCACUGGAGCCUCCAGUGGAGAGUUCACUCUGUGGAACGGACUCACCUUCAACUUUGAGACCAUUCUACAGUAUUCUCCCGUCAUGAGUGGGGCAGGGUGUCAGAACUCUACCUGUAAGGUAUCGACAGAAGUCACUUGGUACCAAGCAGGAUGAAGGAGCGAUACCUAC